AUGACUAAAUUGCAUGACAUUUGUAACGACAAUGGAAUGGAAUGUACCUUCGAAAGAUUCGAGAACGCUACUCAUAACGAUACGUGGCAAAAGGGAGGCCGAAGGUACUUGGAAGUUUUGAAGAAGUUCGUGAAUGACCGCAAGCUCGCUCCGAUGCCUAAGAUCGUUGAAGUCGAGUAA